AGAGGUAGCUACUACCGAACUCCGUCACCGGCCGGCUCUAUAAAUACUGCUCGUGUUCUAGCUAAUUUGCAAGCUAUUACACCAGGCCAAGGAGAUAUAGUAUCGCACCAUACGGAUCAUCAAUUUGUAGGAGGUAAGGUCGCGAUCGGGAUCAUGCUGUUGCAGACAAGGAUGGGAAGUGGCCGUAGCAGUGGCAGUGAUCAUGAUCCGGUGCUCCCGCCGGGGUACCGGUUCUACCCGACGGAGGAGGAGCUGCUGGGCUUCUACCUCCGCCACCGCCUCGCCGGCACCAGGGCCCAGGUCGAGCACUUCAUCCCCGUCGUCGACAUCUACAGCUACCAUCCCGCCCAGCUCCAGGCCAUGGCCGGGGCCGCGAACGUGGGCGACAAGGAGCAGUGGUUCUUCUUCUGCCCGCGCGCGGAGCGGGAGCUGAGCGGCGGCCGGCCCGCGCGCACCACGCCGACGGGGUACUGGAAGGCCACGGGGUCGCCGUCCUACGUCUACUCCGCGCCGGCCAGCCGCGUCAUCGGGGAGAAGCGGACCAUGGUCUUCUACGAGGGCCGCGCGCCCACGGGCACCAAGACCCGCUGGAAGAUGAACGAGUACAAGGCCGUCGCCGCCGACGAUGCGCCGCCGCCGGCGGGGGCACCCGCCGUCAGGGUACGUACGUACGUGCUGCAUCUGCGGAACGAGUUCAGCGUGUGCCGCGUGUACACCAGCAACGGCACGCUGAGGUCCUUCGACCGCCGGCCCCUCAACCCGCCUGCCGGCGGCGGCCUCGAUCAAGCCGCUGCCCACCGCUGCCAACAACAAGAAGCUCUACUGGUACCGCCGCCGCCGCCGCCGGCGAGCCAGAUGGCCGCAGUCGACGCGGUCGCAGCCAGCAACGGGCAGUCGUCAGAGCACUCCCACGGCAGCCCGUCGUCGUCGGGGUCGCUAGGGGUCGUCGUGGAUGGAGCAGAAGACGCCGCCGCGGCCAUCGACUGGGACGCGCUGAUUCCUCCUGUUGAUUUUCUCCGCUUCAGCGUCGAUGACUUGAGCCAUGUCGUCUGGCCCCCGAAUUGACGCGUACCUCGUGCGAUUGUAGGUCAAAUAAUCAGGUGAUUAAGAGAUUAAUGGUUCGAUUAGUAGCGUGGUUAGCAAGGUAGGAACGUGCUAAACCAAAAG